GUUUUAGAUCAUUUGGAUGAAUUUUCCAUGUGGUUUCUGUUAUUUUGAUUAACAUUUUUUUAAACAAAAAAAAAAUUUCAUUCUUUAUAAAUUAACCAAACUUCUAAGGACGUUACUUUAUAAACUAGAUUUUCAAUAUGUCAUCAUUAUUGAAAUUUAGUGUGUGGACAACUUAUAUUUUAAUAAAUUCUUUAUUAGCGUUCCUUACUGACUUGGCUCAAUGGCCUCCUAAAACUCGGAAUUUUUGGUCUGCUUGUAUUACAACUACAAUUGGAACUAUUUUUACUGAGUUCCCUUUGUAUGUUAUCUUAUUUAAAGUUUGGAUGUGGUUUGCUAUCGCUAUUAUGGAUGUUUGGUUCUCCAUUCCAAUUGUAAAAUCAUCGUUAAUACAAGUGUUUAUGCUCAUCUUGGAUAUAUUCACUAUGUCAAUAUUAUUAUAUAAUUUUUAUAAUAAUUAUAAAACUCGUCAAAUUAUACUCGAUCAAACUCGUGAAUUCGAACGGUACGGUCCCGAAUUACCUAGUAUCACAUCAUCGAAAUUUUGGCUUUGUGUUAUGCCGCCACUACACAUCCCAUUAAACAUAAAAGUAUUCAGAGAUAUUACAUAUGGAACACAAGAAGAAUUACGACAAGUUGGUAAAGAAAAUGAAUUUUACUUAAAAUUAGAUAUUUAUAUACCAAAAUAUUCACAAAAAAAAGAUCCACUUCCAGUAAUGUUAUUUAUACAUGGUGGUAAUUGGAUGUCAAUGGAUAAAUUAAUACCAUUUCCUCAACCAUGGUAUUUAUCAAGUAAUAAUUGGAUAGUAUGUUCAAUUAAUUAUCGUUUAGCACCAAAAAAUCCUUAUCCCGCUUGUUUAAUAGAUUGUAAAAGAGCAUUAAGGUGGAUUAAAAAAAAUAUUGUUUCGUAUGGAGGAGAUCCAAAUUUUGUUGCUGUAUCGGGUGAUUCAGCUGGCGGUCAUUUGGCUGCUUUGAUGGCUCUUACUGCUAAUGAUAAACUUUAUCAACCAGGAUUUGAACAAAUUGAUACUAAAGUACAAGCUUGUGUUGGUAUUAAUGGUAUUUAUGAUGUUACAAAUAAACAUAAAGCUUUUAACCCUGAAUGGUUUUCAUUGGAAAUUUGUGGUAAAAAUCCCAGUAAUAUGAGCGAGGAUAGUAUUCGGGAAAUGUUAGAGAAUGCUUCUCCUGAAGUUUUAGUAGAAAGAAAGGGUAAUCUUAAUGAAGAAUUUGUACCUUUUUUGAUAAUUCAUGGAGAUAAUGACCAAUUAAUAAAUAUAAAGAGUUGUAGAGAAUUUGUAAAAACAUUUCGUAAUAGUGCACCUAACUCUAAACUUGUUUCAAUAGAACUUCCGGGAGCACAUCAUGGAUAUCAUUUUGUAUCAUCACCACGUACACAUUAUUCUAUGAUUGCUAUGUUACGUUUCUUAAACUGGGCUUAUCAUACUUCUUUAAACAAUAACAAAUAAUAAAAUGAAAAGAAUUUUUAUUUUUGUUAAGAAUAAUAAAAAGAUUCUAACCGGAUUAAAAAAAAUUAUAUACAAAAGAUUGGUUGAUUUCGUUACAAUUUCCUUAAUAGUAUAAUGAACAUAAUUAUCUUAUUAAUAUAAAGCACUCUUUUUUAAGGAGUAAUAGUAAUAGUUAUUACUGAAAAACAAUAAUG